ACACGCCAGUGGUCCCCUGCCGGGGGUCUUUCGGUUCUAGAAUCUUACGGAUCGUCUCCUAGAAACAUGACGCUCCCUGGAGGCCCGGGUGGCGUGGGAAGGAGGGGCAGGUCUGGGUCGAACCCGUCCCCUGUGGGGUUUGUAAAAAUGAGAUAAGUGGUGAGUGAUGACAGCAGCCCUCAAGCCGAUGCUGAUGCUGCCCCGAGGCCCAGGCCCCCGGGAGCUGAGCCCGGGUCUGGACCACCCCCCGCCUGACCCAACCCGAAGCGUGUCCUCUCUGGGGUCCGGGGCAGAAGCCUUUCCCAGGGGUCUACUGUCCACACUCGCAGGCCGCCUCCUGGCUGGAGACCAAGGUCCCCGGGUGCCCUUUGCCCGCGUGGUUGUCUGUUCUCUGGGGAGCAGUGUCGUGUCUGGAGGGGUGCAGCCGCGCCUGUGCUCGGCAAGGACAGCUCUCUGCCUGUCGUGGUGGGGACAGGCGUGCUGUGGGCCUCACGCUAGGUGGCCCGCCGUGGCCAGGGCUGGGGGACCCGAGGGUGGGUGGGGACAGGGCUGUGCACGUCUCUGUUUGUGCGUGGUGACUGGUUCCCGGGCCUUCGGGCCUUACCCUGCUUCCCGCUGCUUUCGCUGUGAGCCCUCCCGCUUCUCUGGUCAGUCGAGUGGGACCGCUGGGCAAAGCCUGGGCGCGCUGGGCGGGGCGGGCGGCGUGUCCACACCGCUGGCCGGGGAGCCCGUCCGGGGCGGCCUGGUCAGCAUCUGGAGGGAGUGCGCCCGGGAGAGCCCUGCCUGUCCUGGCUCAGUGCGUGCGCCCGGGGGGCAGCUUGGAGGCUGUGGCAACGGGCCUGAUCGCAUUCCUCUGGCGGCUUCUGAGCUGUGAACUCUGUGACCCGGGACUCACCUGUUGCGCUCCUCCUCCUGUGGAAUUGGCAGCCAGCUCCGUUUCCUCCUGUCGUUUCAAGCACGGUUGGCGUCGUCUGCUGUAGGUGUGGGCGUAGUGUGGGUGUAGUGUGUGUACAUAUGUGUAUAUGUAUAUAUCACGCAGCAGGCGUGACUGCUGCUAUCCAGUGGCGAAGCAACAAGUACAAUAAAAAUCGGCUCCAAAUUGGCCUCUGGUUUCUUGACGAGUCGCGGUGGGAGCCGGGCCUCAGUGUCUGGUGUCUUGCUCCUUGCGCGGAAGGCGGCACCGACCCCACUGUGCGCCCGGAGCCGGUGCCUGCCCCCUGCGAGUCCAGGGUGGGGGCAGGACCACCCAGGCGGCGACUGGGCAAGCGCUGCCCAUCCCUCCCUGGGCCCCGUUGCUCUCCUGACCCAGAGGUGGGUGGCACGGCCCUGUGACACUCAGGUGGCUGGAAACCCUCCCUCUCUUUAAACAUGAAAACCAGUUUAUGCACCAGAUGGAGUCUGACAGCUGUGCUCAGAGGGCCCCUGUCCUGCACACAGACCCACCCUGCGGGUUCCUGAGGAAGACGGGGCCACACCGCCACCCUCCAGGAGGGGGCUGGCCGCGGCGCGUCUCUGGAAAAUGGGGUGAUGUGGCGGGGGAGGCAGUUUACACUGAAACGUUCCCGACGUGGUGAGAAGCUCUGUGCGGGUGUGGGAACCGUUGUGGUCCCCGUGCUGCUCUCGUCCUCCUGGGGCCUGACCUCUGCCCUGGCGCCUGUGCACACCGGGGGCCAGUCUCUUCUGUCUGAAUGUUGACCUGUGAUAAAGAUAACGUGUAAAAUAAAUGUUUUCACCGCA